UUGGAGAUGAUAAUGGUUCCCCUCGUGAGGAUGGAACUCCUGCCCCGCAAAGAACUUGUUAGCAUUCCGUAUUAGAUCUUUGUCCGGUUAAUAACCUCAUCGUACAUCUGGCCAAACUCGUAGAAUAUUUUACAGGUUGCAAGUAAAUGAAUUCGAAUCCCUCUUUUUGAAAGUGUUUCUUGUCUUUAUUUUAUAUCGUUUAUAUGCCUUGGAUGUUAUCUAACGGCUUUGCAUGAUAACAGGUCGUUCAACCGCUUAUGUACUUCCGUUCGUCAACCCGAGUUUAUGUGCUAUAGUAUUGGAGUGAUCGGAAAUGCUUCUGGAAGAUUUUAUCUCGACGGCUCCCAUCAUAGAUCAGAUUCCCCAACACUUCUUGCCUAAUUCAUACGGCUUGGCGCCUCAGCCUCCAGCGGUUAAUAACACCAUGGAUUUAGGACCACCACCAGUGACCCGAUUGGUACCGGAUAAUUUGGCUGCAGCAGCGAGGUUGCCGACGAACUCGGUGUCUCGCAUAGAAGCUGUCAAGAGUUUGCUCUGCUCCGAGUCGGAUUCGGAGUUCAGCGCUCUCUCGGGUGAUAACCCCAAGCUUGCCGGGAACUCCGGCCUCGGCCCGCCGUCGAUACCCGCUGCAAGGAUCCCCGCUCAAGCAUCCUUCUCGGCGAUUCCUCAUCCGAUUCCUCGCCUGAGCUCCGGCGCCGCUAACCUCUCAACGUCGCUCGGCGACUACCGUUCAUCGAAUCAUCCAUUCCAUAUCCCGUUGAUGAUUAAGAUACCCACCAAGGUUAGGCUGCCACCGCAGAAGGACGGCAAGAGGAUCAACCAGCACACCUACAAGACACAUGCUCCAGGAGAUGGGCUGUUGAAGAUAGACAAGAAACUGGACACGGCUGCCUCGGCCGUCCCCGGAGCUCCCCUGGUCUCGACAGACAGACUCUACCAGAGCAUCGUCAUGACUGACCACGGAAUCCUGAACAUCAUUAGCUCCAGCGAACCAGGUUCAAAAGUUCCCACUCCGCCACCUUCGUACCUCAGUGUCUACUCCAACUCAACCGGGACAUCAUCGUCCUCAGUAGCACCAAGCCUGGCAUCAACAUCGUCAUCGGAUGACCAAACCCAGGCAGCGAUGGCGAUGACGUCGCUCUCGUUGACGCAAUCGACAUCGGUCAAUGGUGUCAAACCGAAAAGAUCUAGAUCCAGAGGUGGGCUUGGUAAAAAGCGAACAUCCUUUACAAGGAAUCAAGUGUAUGGCAUGGAACGAAGAUUUGAUCAACAGCGAUACCUAACCAGUGUGGAGAGAAAAGAGUUCUCGAACUCUAUCGGUCUAGAUGACCAUCAUGUAAAAAUAUGGUUUCAAAACCGUCGAAGCAAGCUGAAAAAGCAAGCCGUGGUCAGUAGUAGCGGCGGCCCCGUACGACCCACCACCAACAUCCGGGCUAAACCUCCUCCUGGGACAAACCCACUACCUCCACAACAUUUCAUAAGUCACGCGAUAAAAUCGGAAGAUACGUCAUCAUCUGCAACGUCGUCUGUUUCCUGCCACCAAGCCAUUCCCGCGCCACUACAUCCAACACAUCCUACUUCUGCCACCGAUUAUCAUCAAAACAUGAAUGGUUCAAUUCCGCCAUGUAUGGGGGCGCCGUUGAUGGCACCACAAGCCAGUUCAGGCGUGUCGUACCAAUCAAUGAACUCAACCACGGCAUCAGUACCGAAUUCUUACUCUUCUUCUUCGACAAUCCCGACGGGAAUGAACGCGUUCGUAGCAAGCACACAGGGUGUUCCUGCCGCUAUCGCUCCGGGUUCGUUCGCUCAUCCGUACGCGCCUCAAUACCACGACUCGAACGCGAACGCGAACGUCAUGAUGUCGUCUGCUACGCACAGUCAUAUCCCAGCGAUGACAACGCAGGCUAGUGCGAUGCACGGGAUGUCGACAAUGAGUGGUGUUCCUUUCCAGCCGCCUUACGGUUACGUAUACGACUACGGUGUUGAUCAAGGAACCGCUUUCGCUGCUCAAGGGUCGAGGUCGUCAUCACCCUUCGGUAAUUUUCCGUUCUCUCCAGGAUUCCAUUGUCUCCCGGACGAUACAGGGCAUAACUCUUUCCACCAGAUGCCAAUAGUACCUCCAGUGAAUAUGAUGUAAAAUAUAUUUCGUAAUUUGCCAGCGGAAUAUUUUCAGUCAUCUAGAUUUCCUCAUUUGAGGAUUGGAACAUGGCGGAUGAAGUUUGAAGAUCGCAUUUUUAUUUUGGACUUGGACAUUUCGAGAGUAAAUUGUUUUCUAUCUCUUUUUUUAUUUUUAUUUGUCUUUUUCUUAAUUUUGGCUUUUUGAAAAAUCGUUUCUCUUAUGAGCCAGAUUAAGUUACGUUAUUUUAUGUUCCGUACAGUCAUUAUUUAUUCUUCCUUUCAAAUUAUUAAAUCAACACGAAAAAUAAUCUUCAAAAUAUAUGAUUAGGUAACAGAAGAGGCUGAACAAGUUUCAUUUAUGCUACGCUUAUUAUCUUUAGACGAAGUGAAAGAGACGACAGGCAGCCAGGUUACUGCUGUUUGAAGUGAAUUUGAAAUUCAAAGCUGGGCAUUUUGUUUCAAUUCGAAAAUAUUUAAAUGUAAUAAAAAAAAGUAGAAUAAGUAAAAUAAGAUGCUUAUAACAUUUGUACUGAAGAUAAAUAUAUAUAUUUAACCCAAAAUAUGUCAGUAGAUGAUAUUGAAACUAAAAAAUUCCCUGCGUAUAUCGCCUUUUCGAACGAUUUCCUUUCUGAUGUUGACACAAAAACACGUCGAUUUCGUAGUUUUUAAGACGUGUCGCUUGUUUCAACGGGAAAAUAUACGGUUUUAAGCAAUAAUUCUCGUACCAAUUUGCGGCUAGCUUAAACGGGUCAGUAUGUUUAAUGCAAUUUCACAUUGAUAUGCCUUGUCUUGGAACUCAACUAUAUUUUUGAUACACGAAUUCACUGUUUAUAAUAAAAAGAAUGCCACAUCAUCA